ACACACACACACACACACACACACACCUCUCUCUCGCCGCUCUCCCCCUGAGAUCGUCGUCUCAUCAUCGCUCAGUCAGCACCACCAACAUUCGACGCUACCUUAUCCUCCUCCUGCUCUCACUCACUCUUCCACUCUUCAUCACACACGUAGAGAGACAGAGCACUCGGAGCAUCGCCAUGCCGUCGCUGUAUCGUCAGGUUGUGUGGUACAUGCGAGGCCGCUCGCAGUACACCAAGUCUGGGUUCUUGAACGCUGCCAAACACUUCCAGCCUGGCGACUUGGACGUGGACGCAUCAAACACGCACUUUAUGAUCACUGGCGCGAACAGCGGGCUGGGCAAAGAAUGCGCCCUCGAAUUUGCCAAGCGCGGGGCAACCGUGCACAUGGUCUGCCGCAAUGAAGAGCGCGCACACCAAGCAAAGCAGGAGAUUGAGCAGGAAGCAUCAAGCUCGAGUUUGCACGUGCAUAUUGUGGACAUGGCAAACACACGGGCGGUGUCGGAGUUUGCGCACAACUUUGUGGCGUCUGGACACAAGCUGGAUGUGCUCAUCAACAACGCAGGCUGCAUGAUCCACAAGCGCAUUCAAACCGCAGACGGCUUUGAAACCAACUUUGCCGUCAACACCCUCGCGCCAUACCUGCUGACGACGCUUCUUCUGCCCCUCCUCAAGCAAUCAAGUGACCCUCGCGUGAUCAACGUGUCAUCUGGCGGGAUGCUGCUGCACAAAUUGAAUGCGCGCGACCCUCAGCUUGAGGACGCUGCGUUUGAUGGCGUGGACGCGUACUCCCAGCAGAAGCGCCAGCAGGUUGUGUUGUCGCACGUGUGGGCAGAGCAGAACCCGUGGCUGCGCUCCUACAGCAUGCAUCCUGGAUGGGCAGACACCCCCGCUGUUCGCGACGCCCUUCCAGACUUUUACCAGCGCAUGAAAGACAACCUCCGGGACGUGCACGAGGGCGCAGACACCAUCAUCUGGCUCGCCCUAGCCCCCAAUAUCCCCGACCAGCACAACGGCAAAUUCUUCCAAGACCGCAAGCCUGUGAGCGAGCACCUUCCACUCGCCUUUACAUCAAGCUCCACCGCCGAUGUCGAGGCGUUUGUCGAUGGGCUUGGAAAGAUGGCAGAACCAUACUUGGCGCCACCGCAAUAACUGGUCUCUGACACACACACACACACAGGACACUCUGUCGUCACAAGCUUUUCAUGUACACGUGUUUAAGUGUUUAUUCCUCUCUGGUUUUGUUUUGGUUUCCGCUGGUUUGUGGUCCUAAUAUGCGGCGUGGAAUUCACAGUAGACAGCGAAAUUGCAA